AUGGAAAAGCACAGUUCCUAUGGGAAGCAGUACUGUACAUUCAACAAUGCCUUGCGAUGUCAUCCGACCAUCGUAGCCCAAUCCGCAUCAGGUGUCGCAAACCAAGGAUGGAAAAUAUACAGAUCACCAAAGUCAAAAGAUUAUUACGUGGGAAUAACAUGCCCACGGCAAUGCUGGCAGAACAUUCGUGUUUACUCCAACGUGCAAGCCUACAACGGAGUUGCUACUCUUACGUUUUAUUAUUAUAUUUGGGAAACUAAGGAGAAAGAAGGGGAUAGACUCUUGCCCCAGCUCCGCAUAAAAGGAUGCAAUAAUGGUGAGAUAUGGAGAUCUACCGACUACAAGCAAUCACAUGAGACUGGCGAAUGGAUAGGGGUCGUUGUACCCAUCUACUGUUCUAAUAUAUUCAGCAUAAUAUUCGAAGGCAUAAUGACUUCUGGUGGCCAGGUUAUUGCAGUUGAUAAUGUUGCCAUAACAGAUGGGAGAACAUUUUCAAAUGUUCUCCCGCAGCCAUCUAUUUCUGUUGUACACCCAACCAUUCCACCUGGCAGCCCAGUCGUACCAUCGCAGGGAACGCGACCAGCAGGAAGUCCCCCUGGGCGACCACCACAGCGACCAACAUACCAUUUACCGCAUCUACCACCGGUCACCGAUCAAACCACCGCCACGACCGUUUCGAUAACCAAGUCAACAGUGUUGGACUCUCUGAACGAAACAUCGGGCCUUGUUCCUUCCACGGCGAUUGAGGGCGGAGCUAGCAGUGGAAAGGGAGAUUCAUCAGCGAUACCAAAACUGCUAGUUGCUCUGGCUCUCUGCAUCUGUUCUCUAACCCUCUGUGUCCACUGCAUCAUCUACAGAAAACAGAAGAAAUGCCACAACAUGAGCAAGGGACACCAACCUCCAAGACAGUCUCCGAUAUCUGGCCAGCUGUCAUCUGCUUCAUCCGUUUGUGAGAUAGUCAUCACUGAUCAUAGUCGAAACUCCUGGGCCAUCAAUCAAAGCGGCGGACCCGAUAUUCCAGGUACGUCUCAAGGCCUGACGGUGGACCAUCUCACCACCAAUGACCGCCCAAGACUAGCUACCUGUACCCUGGGAUCAAAGGCCUUCAACAGCCACCUUACCCGUGUGAACAGCGAGCUUCGACCAUCAGGACGGGCAAGUAGCCUGCCAAGUCGACCCACACCGAAUAUCUAUGAGUCAAUUGAUGAGGUCAAAAGUAGUCUCUCGUCCCACCCUUCAAAUUUCUUUCUGAAUCUCAGCAAGAGAAGUUCGUUUGUGAAGAAGGUGGUUCACACGCUAGAGCUGCCAUUUAGGAAGAAUCAUUUGGAGAAAUCUCGAAACUCUGCUCUAGGAAGUAAAGAUAGAAGCUUGUCUGAUGUUACGGGUAAAUCUGAAACGUCAAGAAUCCAUAAGAGGGCCUUCAGGAAAUCCAACAGUCAUUCCGCAGGAAUCCGUUUCUUUCCAACCAGUAUGUCAUCUUUGAAUUCUCAAAAUGACAACGGACCUUCCCCAAGUCGUCCUAACCUCUCACCAACACUUCCCAAUCGACCAAUGUCGAACAUUUUCGGAAAGACUUCAUCAAGGAUUCCUGGAUUAAGAACGAGUCUAAGUAAAUCACGUAGCCAUUCGGAUGUUAACACUGCUGUUUCCACAGGACGCAAGCUACUUCCCUCGAGCGUUUCGCCAUAUUCAUGCUCGAAACUUCCGAACAUAUCUUUUGAACUUGGAGACUCAAGACCGAGUGUUCUUUUUGCAAAAUCCUCCGCUGAAACAUCCCCUAAUCAUUCUAUCGUUGAGGAACCCAACGAAACGACUUCGUCAUCUCGGAUUUCAGAACACUUCUACCAUGACCUCGACAGUCAGUUCCGACCAACAGUCUCUGCAAAUCUUUACCAUGUCUUAGAUCCGACGUCCUUCGAGUCUUCAUCGUCUUCAGAGGAUGAAGACUUAGAGAAGAAAAUAUCAACCGUGAAGCGAAACACGGUCCUCCAGCGCACUGAGAGUGGAUACACAAUUGUAUCGAAAAGCAGUUACAACUCAGACUUUGAAAACUCAGUGGGAAGCAAUCUAUCAAACAUUCAAUCCCUUGAUAGGGUGUACUUCAGACUUGAAUCUCUUGACAAUCCUCAGCAUGAUAAUGAAUCUGAGUUUGGUGCUCGAGAUGGACUGCUCGAGCACGAGUUCGAUAUGAGUUGUGAUAUGCAAAGGCGUAGUAAUAAGUAUGGUAGAAGGGUAAGCGAUCUUGAGACAACGUGUACAUUAUCUAUGUACGAGGAAAGCGGUCGUCUUCUCGAUGAAACGGACAUUUCGAGUACCAUUGAUGACAGACCGGAUGUACUUAGAGGAGUCAGAGCAUGAUAGAUUUUGCAAACAAUAUUGUUUGUUAUAAGUGCAUGUAAAUGCACAUAAAGUAUGAUCCAUCGUGUAGUAAAUCGCACUAAUCAGUGUAGCGAUGUAUAUGAUACUGGUGAGGGGGUGUGCCAAGUGAUUGACAAAAAUCUAUAUUUUCACAUUCCGUAUCGCCCUCUAUCGUCAGCAUUAUAUAUUUUGACUCAUAGGUCUCACGCGCGUAAAACAUUCCCCAUAGACUUGUAUGUUAAAAUGGCACUUAAGAAAAAUUCAUAAAAAAUAAAUGUGAAAUUAGAGGGUCGAAUGUUUACUACCUUUGGAUAGGAUAUAUAUCUGACAUUCCAUAUCUGACCAGAGAAGGGUAUCGUAGCCAGCUCAUUUUAAAAAUAAAUCGCCAUUUAUGAAGAUAACUAUGAUGGGAUCAAAUUCAUCAACUAAAACAGUAAAAUAGCCCCAAUUCUUCCGCCAGUCAAAAAAUAGUUCCAAAUCAUUGAUAUAUUUUCCCAAUUUGGGCAAAAGAAGUUCAGUAGUUACCAUUUCUAGAAUCAGUGUUAGAUUUUGAAUCAUAUUCAUACACUUUUGUCAAUCAGCAAUAUCAAAUUUAGAAAAUUCGAAUGGGUUGGGUCGAACGAAUAUCUUUAGCCCUCCUGAUGUAAUUAGGCUCAUGGCACCCAGAAGUGAUCUGUCAUUGCAACGCUCCAUUGGGUAACAUGAAAGUUCUUUAAAAAAUUAUAAUUUUACCCUGACUUAUAACAUCCAUAAUUACAUAACCAGAAAUGCCCAUUAUAUCCAUCCUCGUUUUCAUCGCAUCUCGAUAACACAGUCUUCCAUCUUUUACAAAGGCUCAAUUCUAUGGAAUGAACUUACCAUUUCCCCUUUGAAUAGUAAGAAAAUAUCUCAAUUCAAAAUACAAUGUUGGCAAUUUUUUAUUAAAAUGCAAUGAUUUAUAAAAUUUAUUUUCUAAUUUUCUAUGUUCCCUUCCGUAUUCUAUGUUUGUGCUUUGUAUAUAUACGAUACUUGUAUUUUCAUUUUAAUGUAUCUUUAGUUUAAUUCAAUUUUUGAUUAGUAUGUUUGUCAGGACCAUUUCCGAUAAGCCAUGAAUAUGCUUUUCAUAAUCCUCCCACCAAAGAUAUUUGUAUUACCUUGUUUGUAAAUUUAUAUUUAUGAAUGACAUGUUUUUAUCUUGGAGUAGAAAUAAAUUACGUUACGAACGCCUCGAUAGGCCUUUCGUAACUGAUCGCUAAAAUGUUUGAACACUUUAAACUUUUUUUCUACCAUCAAUACGAUCGCAUUAACUGUUCCAAUACAAACUGCUACGUUUUUUUUUUCUACCAUCAACAAUAUCAAGAAAAUCAAGAAAUGAUUAUGGGCGCACCGUGGUCUAGUGGUUCUGACUCUCGUCUUUCAAAUAGAGGGUCGUGGGUUCGAAUCCUAGCCAUGGCGUGUUUUCCUUCAGCAAGAAAUUUAUCCACAAUGUGCUGCACUCGACACAGGUGAGGUUAAUGGGUACCCGGCAGGAUUAUUUCCUUGAAUGCACUGAGCGCCGGUGAUGGUAGCUCGGGGUAAUUAUAGCAGCGCCUUAUAUCCCCAGGCAAAAAGCGCUUUAUAAAUCCAGCUAUUAUUAUUAUGAUCAAUAAGAUUGUCUCGACUGAUCCGAUACGAUCUACUACGAUUACUCCACGAUUUAGACCACCGUUUAAAUCGUGGCGCGAAUGGUGACAUUUUGAACUAGGUAUAAGGAAAUGAACUUUAAAAUACAUCCCAACGAGAUUCACUCUUAAACAUGUUAAAGUAACGCAGUUGAAUUAAGGCCUUAAAAGCGAUGUAUUUUUUUUAAUUAUCAUCACGGGGAUGAGAUAAUAUGGAAUGAAUACAUUUUUUAUUCGUAUUAAUUUUGUCUUUGCAUGUGGCUAACAACUUUUUUUACAUAUUUAGAUUUAGCCUAUAAAUUGUCUCUCCAUUGGACGGGUUUGAAUAUUUGUUCUCGAUUUUUGAUAUAAUUGAUAUAAUAUAAAUGUAAUUGAAGCUCAUGACCGUACUAAUUUAUUUUGAAAAAGGUGAAAAAGUGUAGAGUAACUCGCCGUAAAGGCAAACUUUUUUCUAUUUUUAAACUGUGGUUUAAUAUAUAAUGAUAUAGCGCCAUCUCGUGACUGAUCCAUAUAAUGGAUCAUGAAGUUGGCAUAUUGACUGGUGUCUCGUAUGUUAUAAUGUGAAUUUAUGGAGUUGUAUAGUCCCUAUGAUAUGUGAAUUAAUCGUUGUAAUUGUAUAUGACUUUUUGUGUGAUGAGCUAAAGUGGCAGUACAUUGGCAUAGGUGUCAUGCAUUGAACUAUUCUAGCUAGGACCCUGGUCUAGCGGUGGUAGGUCCAUAGUCUAGCCAACUAUUGUCAUGAUUGUCGCAGGUGGGUCACACAACGGCGUAAAACAUUUUUUUUGUGUAUAAUAAUAAUAAUAAUAAAGGUAUAUUUACCCAGGGUAGCCGCUUCAGUUCCGAAAACUGUUCUCCCAGCGGGCCUUGCUAUUAUUACCCGGCUAAGCUAGGCUACCUGUAAAGGAGACAAGAUAAAAACAACUGGUUUGGUACCGACCAAUGACAAUAGUUAGGCAGACGAAUACAUGACACCACUGAAACUUGCCACCUAAUAGUGAAGUUGGCAAACGAGUCCCAAUGAUUGGACCCAGUGACGCAAUAUUUUCACACCUACGAGCCCCCCCCCCCAAACAAAAACAAAAAAACUUUUUGCACUCACACCUGUAAGGGGGACUUGAAUAUCGUCACACCAAUGUCAGUAUAUAUACCGUAAAUGAUUACGGUACAUAUUUUUUUUUAUAUAAUGCAUAUUUACCGUAAGUAGUUCCUAUAAUAUAUCUAGUUGUUGUUUUGUAAUAUGUAAGUUUAAUCAUGAUCUGUGAUGUAUAUUUCUGCGCUUGUAUACCUUGUAGUAAGAGACCUUGUUAUUAAAUAAAAUACAUAUACUU